AUGCUCUUUAUGCCCGCAAUUAAUUUAUUUCUCUACAAUGCAUUCCUCGUUUAUCUGACGAAGGACAUAAAACGUAUUAUAGAGGUUCCCACCGAAUUCGUUAGCUUGUGGCAUCAAAUACCAUUUAUAGGUCGUUUUGUUGCUCCAAAGCAACCGAAGAUCGAACCACCUCAUGAAUACAACGAAUUCACGACGCCAAUUCUCUGUUUAAAUGUUGUAAUCAAUACGUCUUUGCUGCUGCCGGCCUUUGUGCAGCACCGCCACUUCAGCAUUUUGGUUGCCAUAGUACUGUUGUGGAACUUCUUCAUAUUUGAGAGAAUGUUCACGUUUAUGAUUACAUUGAUGUGGUCCCUUUGGUGGAGCAACAUUACUGGCUUCUACUAUCUCAUUAUCACGUUCUGCGGCUUUCUGAUGAACUCCAUGCACUUCUUGCUCAUACUGGAUGUCAUGAAAUUGCAGAGUGGUUGCAUUUGCAAAGAAACCCGAAACGAAGUGGAAGUGGCCGAUGAAAAUGUUGAUGAUAUUGGUGGUGAUGGCCAGUAA